GAUUGUCGGUAGUUUCACUAACGCUGCCAAUAAUGCAGAUCUACUUAUAACACAGUAAGUGUGCACAGAGAUAAUGGGGAUUUCAUUUUAACUGAGUGGUCUACUCACUACACCGUGGAACAGCCUCAGCUAUAACUUCCAAACCAAGUCUUUAGCCCCGCCACUUAAUAAAAAAAGAAGAAGUCUCAAAUUGCCACACUUCCUCUUUCCACUCACAACAUUCCCUUCCCGUUAUCUUUCACUCUGCACAUGUACGUUCAUUUUACUUAAAUUGCUUUGGAAAACACUAUCUAACUUCAUUAAAGUUCUGGUUAAGGCAUGAAAGAGUGCAUCUAAGAUGGGGUGAGUCACGUUUUCUAAGACUUUUGAAAAAUCUUGCAUUCAUCUGGCUUUUAAAUGUUUCUGCUACUCCACAGAUAUUCUGCCCCUAACAAUCUGUGCUGCGGUGGGGAGACUAAGCAUCCGGUUCAAUUAAGUCUUGUUCUUUUUGACCCACAGCCAAGCACUGUGUGUAGUUUCCUGGAAAUGGAGGGAACUCAGACAACGACUAGAGAGGAGGGGACAACAGAAAGAAAUGGGGAUCAGGGGACUAGCAGCAAUGUGCCGAUGUCCAGCAAACCUCUGCAUCGCUUUGUCCGAAAGGAGCCCAGAAGUCUUGGGAUUGUCAUUCUGAUGUUCGGCUGUGCUGAGUUGUUAAUGGGAUUUCAGUUCUCCAGUGAAGAUUUCAAAAUCUCUGCUGAACUCUACAUUCGCUUUUGGCAGGGAGCUCUGUUUCUUACCUGUGGAAUCCUGUCAGUCUACACUGAGUUGCAUCCGUCCAAGAAGAUGGUGACUGUGUGCUUGGCCCUGUAUGUGGUUUCCAUCUUUGGAAUCGUAAUCUCUUUCAUAUGCAGGAUAAUCCAGAUCAUCUCUUAUCCCGACUAUUAUAUGCGAUAUCAUUUGAACUGGACAAGUGUGACGCUGCUGAAAAGUAUCGAAGCCAUUUUAUUGACCUCCUCUUUUUGCGUGUUAGUGAUUCUCAUUUUUCUAACCACUGUUGCAAGUUUCGCACUGAAAUCCACACACACUCAGGUUAUCAUCCAGCAAAUUCCACCACCGAGGACUGAAACGACAUCGGACUGAGGACAUCUUUUUAAAGUAUUAUUAAACAUUACACGACCUUACUAAAACACACUUGUUGGUCUCUUGUGACACUUGUUCUUGAACUAAAAUCAUUUCUGUCAUCUCUGUGAGGAAAAACUGUCUUAGAAGAACUUUUUCAGGAAGGUAAUAACGACUAAUCUGUCUGGCAACUCUUGUGUUUCCCUGCUGCACGUCUGCAAAUCUCUUGUGGUCCACAUCGACUGAAUGUGUUGACCUCGGCCAGAUGUCAUACAUUAUAUGUUGGACAACAUCUGGACUAUGCAACAUUUGUUUGUGACAAGUAUCAAAAUUCAGGACAUCCAACCAUAAAAGCUUUGAUUUGUUUUAAAACAUACUUGUUAGAAAUUUAAUACUGUUAAUAUCUGAAAAUUUACUUCCUCAUCAGACUUUUAGUCAUUUGGAAGCCAUAUAGAAAAUCUAUUAUACGUGUCAUCUUUUCAGAGAUGUCCAAAGUUUUCCAUCUAAUUGUAUCUGCAUUAUUAUUAGUGUCUUAUUAGUAGUGUUUGACUGUCAUUAAACUGUGCUUUGUACUCUAUACUGAAUGUUUAACUGAAGACAUUUUACAGUAUGACAUGUUGUAACUGGAUGAGUAAACUAUUAGCUGUGACCUCUGGUUACAGAGGGAACAGGUCCAUUACUGGGAUCUAAGAAGCCUUGGUAUAAACUCUGUUUUUCCUGUUUGUGUAAAAUCUUUUUAUAUUUUGUGCAGUAAUUGUGUACUGAUUUAAACAUAAACUUUUGUUAAGCCAAUAUAAAUACUCUCAUUUCAUUAUGUUAACCUUUGCCUUCACCCCUAAUCAACAAUAGUAAAAGUCCUCAGUUUAUGACGUA